AUGUGGACGCCCCAGUCUCUAGGUUUCUGGCUACAAAUCCAGCAGAUGGACGUAGACCGACAAUAUGCACUCAGCCGACAUUAUUUGGCUGUGAAUAAGGCGAAAUAUGCCACGGCUUGCGAAUUCGAUACGGUAACAUUCCUUUUUCCUGGCCUCCUAUGGCCAAGAAAACCCCACCAUUUUGACUAUUCUGAGCCUUAUCCGUACGAUCUGGAACCCAACCGCUCGUUUUUAUAUGGCGUGCUGGAAGGACAAGAUAUUGAGUCCCCUACUUGGGCCACCAAGCGAGAGGCUUCCGGAAGCGUCGCUCCGUGUACGGCGCAGGCCGAGCGAAAGUACUGCUGUGGAGGUUUCGAAAGUCGAUACUCUUCCAUGACACUGUCGAAGCUUGAACUUCGGAAACCAGAAAGUGAAUCGGACAAUAGCUCAAGCAACGGUGUUCACCUCUCAACCACCUACCUUGGUUUGGUUUGGGCUACUGGGGGGUACGUGAAUUUCCCACUUACGCAAUCUUGCCAUGGCAUUGCGAUAUCGUGCUUAGCCGGUUGGCGUUCUCGGUACCGGCCUGGGCACCAUGGAACGACGGAAGAGCUUGCUUUUCUAAAUAGCGAGGAGGCGUUUCCACGCGUCGCUGAAUGGCUGGCAGGGAACACAAUCAAUUUUUAUUGGGCACGUCGUCGUGUCUUCCCGGAUGCUUGGUUCUGUGGUGUUCUUAGUCGCGAUGCUUGUUUCGAGGUCCAAUGGGUCAUGUUCGUGUCAAAUGGCCGAAAGAGCGCGAGGGAUUUAUGCGCAUCUAGAAAGCAAGUAAAAGCUAGCGGAGGAACAUUGACGCUACUCCUCGGCCUGAGCUUUGGGUGCAGGGCGGCUUUUGAGCUGUCGAGCAUUCAACACUUGUGGCGAUUGUCCUCAUGUUCACUUACCCUUUCAGCUACAUGGAACGUGAUUCGUGCUAUGGUUGAACAUGAGGAACCCGAUGACAUGUUCCUCUCGCGUGACCAUCGCCACGGUUUACGAAGCUUAUGGGUUAUGGGAUCAUUGCGUUACCAGGUAGUUGGAGAAAGGAGGUGCAUGCCGAGCUCAUGGUGGGACACCUACAACGAUUUGUGUGUUCUAAUGAUAGGGUUGAUGAGAACUGGGGGAAUAAUGUGGAGGUUGAGGAUUGAAAAAUUUGAAGCCACUCGAGUUCUCAGACGGAAGUACCAGUCAGUUGAACAAAAUACGUCCCGAAAUUUGCAUUAUGCAUCCCAAGGCUCCCGCCUCGCCUUAGCAUUGCCGGGGCCCUCUUCUACCCUGGAAUCUUUUCGCGACACAAAGAAGUAA